AUGCAGCACUCAUGUCCUCUUUUGAUUGGGUGUCUUUCAGCCCGCCACACUUGUAGCUGUCCAAUAAAAUCAUAUAAUGAGUGUGGCCCAAGAACACACGCCAACAGAGGGUGCGCAUUGUCUCCUUGUAAAAUUAGCAUAGAGGAGGGAAUAAAUACUUCUGUUUGUAGCUUAGACAUACUUCAAAUUGUGAAGCUCACUCCGUUGAAUAACAUACCUGAGCCAGCUAAGUCCGCACCGAAGAAGGGAUCUAAGAAGGCCGUCACCAAGACAGCCGGCAAAGGUGGGAAGAAGCGCAGGAGGUCCAGGAAGGAAAGCUACGCUAUCUACGUGUACAAAGUCCUUAAGCAGGUUCAUCCCGACACCGGUAUCUCUUCUAAAGCCAUGGGAAUCAUGAACUCUUUCGUUAACGAUAUUUUUGAGCGUAUCGCCGGUGAAGCGUCUCGUCUCGCUCAUUACAACAAGCGAUCCACCAUCUCAUCGAGAGAGAUCCAGACCGCCGUGCGUCUGCUGCUGCCCGGUGAACUGGCCAAACACGCCGUGUCCGAGGGCACAAAGGCCGUCACCAAGUACACCAGCUCCAAGUAAAGCGUUAUCUAAAGCUUUUGGCUACCCCCAAAGGCUCUUUUAAGAGCCACAUAUGUUCUCGGAUAAAGAGCCUUUAACCAGCUUUGAUCUAAAAGAGAUCAGAGUGUUGAGCACGAACUUGCAUAUGUUGAAGCAUUGACGGAAAAACAAAAACGCCAUUCUAGUCAGUAAGGGAGGAAAUAUGAAAGUUUAGUUCGCACUUAUUAGUAGCUGUCUUUGUUCAAAUAAAGUAACUUUAUUAGGUCACAUAAUAUCGUAUUUGUGUUGUGCAUCUUUGGACCUGAAUUAACAAUGGAUGUAUUUUCAAAUAAACCAAUACAAAUUUGAUGAAUUUUUAAGCUCAUGUUUUUUUCCUCGGUUUAAUUAAUGCUUUGCCAUUUAAACUUCCGAAUUGUAAUUAAUUUAAGACAAAACUGCUGGACCUUCUUUUUUUGUAAUAAUUAGAGCGUAUAUAUGCCUUAACCUAUUGUGCUAGACUGUCUUUAACAUUAGCAUUGGUUUGGAAGGAUGUGGUACUUUUUUUUCCCGCAAAGUAAUACAUUUGCUAUUUUAUUUUACUGCUAUUUUUUAACUCUGUUCAGAGGAUCUUCAGAUUUACUCUGCCACAAUUUACUUCCCCCUCCAGGGUUGUUUAUCAAUUAUGAAUGAACUACAAAGAAUAACUCUAUCCAGAGUCAUUCUUCUGAAUUACAACAUUCAUGUUUUACCCUCAAAAAGCCCUAAAAUAUAAAUGGAAAACUUGCUUUUCAGUCUGAAAAUAAAAUCAACAACAAACUGUA